AUGGAGGAAGGGGCGAGUCUUCGCAGCCACGCUCAUCAAAGUCCCGGCCAACCUAACGACGAACUGGGUUACUCCUCCACUCGGGCUGAGCCGACCGAUGAUGGGAACUUCGAGACACAGGCAUACACAGACCCAAAAUCCAGCCCUCAUAAUAACAAGAAAGAGAACCCAAAUCCACAACUCAGCCAUCUCACCCCAGCCCAGCGAAGGCGCGCCAUAGUUGGCGACGAGGAAGGCGGUCCCUCCUCGCAACCUGAGGCGUCUAUCAAGCAGAUACCUCGUGCCUCUUCUCCAACAUCUAUUACGCCGGAUAUACUUCAUCAAAAUGAUGGCGAUGACGGGAAUGCUCCUGUUCAUCCUAUCCCAACCGCAGCUCGUGAGCCUGUCUCUAGGAAUGAGGCUAGUAGGAGAGCCCUUGGCUCCCAUGGCCCAGUGUACCAGACCUAUCACGAAUAUGGCAACCAUGGACCCCCAAAUGAGGCCUCGAAGUUUGGGAUUCCCCUAAUCUAUCUCAUCCCAAAUGCUCAAAAUGGGGUACCCAAUCAUAGCGGCCAGCCCUACCAACACGAUUGGGAUGGUGACCACCAGCGGGAGAUUCCCCCUCACCUCGAACAGGUACACACACCAGCCUUCAUGGAAAGAAAACUCUGGGCCUAUUCGAAAUUGAUUUUGCACAUACUUGCGAUACUGUUGUCUAUCUCUUCUAUAGGCCUGAUUUUGAGCCUGAUUCCGAAAAGAGACGUGAUCUCGUCUUCGGUCAUGUUUUCGUUCCCGGUGCCUGCAAUCGCCAUAGGAUGGGGUUUGAUCGAAGUCAUGGCCUUCAUCUUCGUCUUGAAGGGUAGGCCCGGCCCUGGGGUUCUCAAUGGGAUCCUACCCCUUGGCCAACUCGGCCUCUCACUAGUCCUUGCGCUCGCAUGCGUCGUUGUCGCAUACUUACAGUGGACUUCCAUCUCGGAUAUUGAUCGCCGUUGCAACCGUACGCCCAGUAGAACGUUGGUCUAUAAUAACUGGCAAGACUUGUGCGAAUCACAGUGGCCCGAAAAGAAGCCCUCCGCGAUGGCCAUAGCGAUUAUCAAUAUCGUAACCGCAGUUGUCUAUGCUGUUCUGUUCGUCGCUGCUUGUAUAGAUACCAUUUACGGAAAAGAGGAGGAAGAGUGA